AUGAUUUUAUACGCAGUGUUGCUUUUCUUGUCUUCAGUCUCAGCAUAUACUAUAGAAGAGGAGUGCCUUAAUUAUACAGUGUAUCCAGUGCAAUAUGAACUCACAAUAAUACCGCAUAUAUACCUGGACGGUAUGUCAUAUUAUGAUUGUGAUAUCGUAAUAACUAUAAUAGCUAACGCGCCAAAUGUUAACGUUAUUGAAUUGGACGCGAAAGACUUGGAAAUUAAAGGAGAAACUGUUCAAGUAUUAGAUAACGGUAGCAAUUUAGUAAAUAAACACAGACCAUACGAAUAUGAUGUUAAAAAAGGCAAAAUCUAUAUUUAUUUAAGAGAGUCGCUCAAACAGUACAGGUUACAUCGGACUCAAUAUAAUAUAAGGAUGUCUUUUAGUAAACAAAUUACCUAUAACACUGAUGGAAUAUUCGUCGUGCCAUAUACGGAGAAUGGUAAACCUCAACACGUAUUGGUAACUCGCCUAUCGCCAAAUAGAGCAAAAUAUUUCUUCCCUUGCUUUGAUAAUUCUCAAUUUGAAGCAAUUUUCAAAUUCAAAGUGUACGAGAUGCCUCCAUACCCUGGAUAUCAGUAUUGUAAUACUAGUAUUGUAAUCGCUAACGAGCUUAAACGACAACAAUCUAAGGACAGCUAUACCAUAGUGGAAUAUUUACCAUCACCACAGGUAGCAUUACAUCAAGUUGGUUUUCAUCAUUCAAAAUUCGGAAGUCAACGAAGCAUAGCAAAAAAUACUAAUGACACAUUAGUUAUUUGGGCGCCAGUGUCUACUCUACCACAAUAUACAUUCAUACUACACUUUGGUCAAAUAAUCAUUAAUUUGAUUCAUGAAUAUUCCUCUAUUAAAAGGACUCUUGUAUAUGGGCCGAUAAAUAUAAUUUCCGUACCAGCAAUACUUAAUGGAUACGAGAUAGGAAGCUGGAAUUUACUAACCAAUGGGGACAACAGAUUAGCAAUUAUCAACGAUUACACGAGCAUACAGCAAAUCGAAGAUAUGAUGUUUGAGCUAUCCCAGCAGUUAAGUCGCAUCUGGCUAGGAAAUCCUGGAGAGAGUCAGAUAACACGUUGGAGGGAAGAGUGGUUUAAGGAAGGCGUUGCUACUUACUUAGCUUAUUAUUUCUUAACGCAGUAUAAUCAUGGUGAGGCAGCAGUGGGCUAUCGACGACCACUCAGUGAUUACGGUUUGCAAAUGAAACACAGAGCAAUGGCAAUAGACUGGCAUCACAGUACACCAUCUUUAGCAUCUUUCAACAGAACUUUGGCUAUAGAUAUACCAUCAAGAUACAAGGAUCUGGUAACGAUGAAGACAGCUUCUUUAUUGUGGAUGGUUGAAAAUUGGUUGGGAUCGGAGAAAUUCCACCAGGCUCUAGUAAAUUACAUCAACAGCAGAAGAGAACAAUAUAUAUCACUGAACGAUUUCAUGGCGAGCGUUGAUCGUGAAACAGUUGAAUGUCUGAAUCAAUUCUUUAAUGGAUCUACAACAUCUAAAGUACUAAACUCUUGGUUCCAUCAAUCUGGAUAUCCUGUAGUCAAUGUACAAGUACUGAGAGAUAGAACUCCUAACGCUAUUCAAUUAAAACAAAGGAAGUUUAGUUUUACGGAUCAGCACAGAUUUGAUACAAAUUAUCUUAUUCCGAUUUCUUAUAUCGUUCAAAAUAAUCAGAAUUGUUUUAACUGUUACCGACCGAGAUUCACUUUAGACAUGCAAAGUUACACCUUUAGAGAAAAUCUAAACGACGGCUGGAUUCUACUUAAUAGAAAUGCUUCAGGUUAUUACCGAGUCAAUUAUGAUGUAUAUACUUGGGAAUUGAUUGCAAAAACACUGGCAGAAGAUCACUUAUCAAUUAAUGAAUUAAAUAGAGCACAGAUUGUAAACGAUAUAUUCGCUCUAUAUGCAGCUGGUGAUAUUCAUGAGAACCUCUCUAUUAGUGUGUUGAACUACUUGAACAGCGAGUUUAGUUUUGUGGUGUGGGAAUCCGUCGUAAACGGUUUCGAGAUGUUGAAGAUAGAGGGCGCUAAAAUGACCAAAGUUUUGUAUGGGGAAUGGCAGGUUUUCAUGCAAAAAAAAGUAGCCACGAUUUAUAAACGACUGAUGGCAAACGUGGAUCAAAGACCACACACGAGACGAUUUAGAAAAUUGAUUGUCGAUUUCGCAUGUGCUGUGAAAUACAGACGCUGCCUAAACGAAAUGAGAAGAUUUUAUUCAGAUCACAAGAAUUCUAAAAUGAAAUUGAAUCCUGAUUUUCGAGAAAUAUGUUAUUAUGUGACUACAAAUGAAGGCAACUACGAUAUUGGAACUGCUUUAAAUAGAUUCGAACAGGAGGAAAAAACUGUUGCUGUGCAUAAAGUACGAGAAGAAAACAGAUUUCUUUACCAAGUGCCCAUUGGCCAACCAAGACCUUUGCCGAUAAUGAUGUCGACAACCACUACAACAGAGAUUUCAACAACAACCAUUGAAAAUACUCACAACGAGAGUAUUACAUUGUACAUCUCCAAUGUUUUAUUACUAGCUGUAAUAAUGAAUUCUUUAUUUAUAUAG